UCAGUAAAAAAAAAUAUGUUACGAGAGGCGCUGCGAAUCGGCAGCAGGCGCAGCUACAGCUACAAAUCUGUACGUCGUCCUAAUCUGAGUGCGGCUUCUGGCGCCAAAAAUGUGGAUGUGCAGGAAAAGCAGAAGCCGGAGCAGACGGCGACCACACAGUCUGUGGGCAAUGGCAACAGUACUCUGACCAAGCAGUUGACGGCCAAAAUGCUGGCCACGGGACCGAUAACCGUGGCCGAGUACAUGCGCGAGGUGCUGACGAAUCCGCAAGGCGGUUACUACAUGAAUCGGGAUGUGUUUGGGCGUGAGGGUGACUUCGUAACAUCGCCGGAAAUUUCACAGAUCUUCGGAGAGCUUGUAGGCGUUUGGUUGAUGAACGAAUGGCAGAAGCUGGGAAGCCCAUCGCCCUUUCAGCUGGUCGAAUUGGGACCAGGACGUGGCACACUGGCGCGCGAUGUGCUCAAGGUGCUGUCCAAAUUCAAGACGGGCGCCCAGUUCACCAUGCAUAUGGUCGAGAUUAGUCCGUUUCUAAGCACGGCGCAGGCCCAACGUUUUUGCUACAAGCACGAGACGGUGCCGGAAGAGGCUCAGCUGCCAUACUACCAGAUUGGCACCACGGCCAGUGGCAUCCAGGCCUAUUGGCACCACCGGCUGGAGGAUGUGCCGCCGGGCUUUUCGCUGGUGCUGGCGCACGAGUUCUUUGAUGCGCUGCCCGUGCACAAGCUGCGGCUGGUCAACGACCAGUGGCAAGAGGUGCUCAUCGAUGUGGCCCAGGCUCAGAACACGAGCUCACAACCCGCUGAUUUUCGCUACGUUGUGUCCAAGGCGCAAACGCCGGUUUCGCGUCUAUUUAAACCUGUGCCGCAGGAGACGCGCAACCAGCUGGAGUACUCGCUGGAAGCAGAGCGCCAUGUGGGCAUGCUGGCGGAGCGUUUGGAGCAGCACGGUGGCAUUGCGCUAAUCAUGGACUACGGCCACUUUGGCGAUAAGAAGGACACAUUUCGCGGCUUCAAGCAGCAUGCACUGCACGAUCCGCUGCUGGCGCCGGGCACAGCGGACCUUACAGCCGAUGUAGACUUUCGGCUCAUCAAGCACGUGUCGGAGACGCGCGGCCACAUUCACUGCUGUGGCCCAGUGCAGCAGGGCGACUUUCUGAAGCGCAUGCAGGGCGAGGUGCGCCUGGAGCAGCUGCUGGCCCAUGCGCUGCCCGAGAAUCAGGACAUUAUACGCUCCGGCUAUGAGAUGCUCACCGAUGCCAAGCAAAUGGGCAGCCGUUUCAAGUUUCUGGCCAUGUUCCCGGGCGUAAUGGCCGCCCACCUAGACAAAUAUCCCGUGGCUGGCUUUGGAUAAUAUAAGUUUUGUAUUUAUAUAUAUAUAUAUAUGUAAUCUGUUCUAUACAUGAUUUACUGUUAAUGUUUCAA